CAGUUAUCGUUCUGCUCGCGCACAGUGCUGUUGUGUGCACGCGUUGCUCCCGUUGUUUCGCAAGAUUUACUACCUUUCUGUGUGUUGUUCCUGUUCAUUGAGUAACCGAUUACCACAAACUAUACAGGCAAAGAACGCAUAGUCGGUGCUGGUGGUGUGCGUGCGUGUAAUUUUUCAUUAGGAUAGGCACUGCUGCGCGCUUGGGUGAGCGCAGUGGAAUUGUGUUGGUGUUUUGCCGUUUGAAUAAAGUACGUACAUCAUCAGCAAUCAUCGCCACACAGAGGAGAUAUCAAAAUGGCUACUAGUGAUGAUGAACAUUACCAUCUCUACGAGGUGUUUCAAAAUUGCUUCAACAAAAUCGCCAACAAGCAGCCUGAAAAAGCAGGCUAUCAGUCCCCAUAUGGCGGUAUGGACAAUGGCGUGUACACACCAGAGGAAUAUACUCAUGAAAGCCCAGUGUCCGGAGGCCAAAGGUACACCUCGCCAAAGGCAGGUGGCGCCCUCUAUCAACCCGAUGCGUACUAUGAUGCCCCCGGCGGGUCCUGGUACCCGUCGUCGUCCAGUGGUGCAUACGCACCUCAUUCCGCCGGCUCCGCAUAUCAUAAUGUAGGUCAUGGGGCGCAUCUCGGCGGGCCACAACACAGUCACGACCAGUACGCGAUGUCACCGGUCGGAGUUUCCCACAUGGAUGGACACCUAAACCAAAAUCAAACACAAGCACUUCCACCGAUGAGUUCGUUCAGGGGAAAUACUGCUCAGAUACCAUCAAUCGGUCCCCAGGGACAAAACUCACCCGCAAUCUACAACGCAAUCGCUGGCCAUCACAAUCAACAUGCACAGCAUAGUCCAAUUGUACAAAACGAUACACUCGUCGGCAAUGCACUGAAAACGAUGUAUCCCACUGAUCAGAGCAUCAGCAGUUACGGCUCGAACCCAACGACACCAGUGAAUUCACCUCCUCCGCUAACAUCACAGCAGCAACAGGCGGCGGCAGCAGCCGCGGCCGCCGCUCAACAGCAAUCCUCCGUUGGCAGUUUACACGGAACCGGCGUGCCAGGAUCGUCUAGCAGUUCUUCGGUCACGGUGUCCUCCGCAGCAGCAGCGGCCGCGGCGGCAGCGGCAGCAGCUGCAGCAGCCGCGGCUGGUCCCUGGCAGCAAAUCAACCCUGUGAUUAACAAUGGUCCUGGAACGGCAGUCGGCUCAGCGGUUGCCGCAGUGGCAGCGGCGGCGGCCCUAAACGGUCUACCGAACGGUUCCUAUGCCCCGGAGCUGGUGCAUCGAGGUCUACAGCACAUGGCUAACUCACCCGAGAUCCAACCGUUGGACGAUGCAAUUGUGUCGCUGCUUAGAGAACACUCUGAAAAUGGAACGGGCACCCGCAUGGAAGAGCGUCUCGAUGAUGCGAUCAACAUCCUGCGGAAUCACUGCGAACCGCAGGUCGGUGUAUCGCUCUCUUCGCUCGACGGCAACUCCCCGUACGGCAAUGCAUCCGGUGGUGCUGGAGGUUCAUCGCUCAUUGGCCCUUCCGGCAGCUCUCAGUUGCACCAGGACGCAACCAGUGAUUUACCACCAUCGGCAGCGGCAGCCGGCGGUCUAGUACCAGUGAAAACGGAGCGAUUGCCGAACACUCCGAUGGCGGUCAAUACCAAGAAACGCAAGGAGCCGCCAGAUUCGGAUUCGAAACCGAGUAGUUCAGUAACAGGCUCGUCUAAGGGCGCAAAGAGGCAGCGUAAAUAUAAAACUUCGCGUAGUUGUUCUAGUGCUGAUGACGAUGACGAUGAUGAUAUCGAUCCAGUCACUAAGGAUCGUAAGGAGAAGGAGAGGCGGCAAGCUAACAACGCACGUGAACGAAUUCGCAUCCGAGAUAUCAACGAAGCACUCAAGGAACUCGGUCGCAUGUGCAUGUCCCACCUCAAAUCAGACAAACCACAGACCAAGCUCGGUAUUCUGAACAUGGCCGUCGAGGUGAUUAUGACGCUCGAGCAGCAAGUGCGAGAACGCAACCUUAACCCGAAAGCCGCCUGCCUGAAGCGGCGAGAGGAGGAAAAAGCGGAGGACGGUCCCAAACUGCCCCCUCACAUACUGCACCAGACGCCGUAUCCUUCACUACCCGGUCCACCGCCAAAUCUUCCCCACAACCCUGGGCCACCACAAUAGCAUAAUAACUUAAAUAAUUUAAUUCGAAGAUAACACAGUAAGCAACACACAUGUACAUAUUCGACAGUAGGUGAAUCGUUCGAGUGCUCGGACUGGUGGAUGUGGCUGUAAGUGAGCGAACGUUUGUUGUGAUGAGAGUGCGUGUGUUGAAAAAAAAAUCAUGAGGCAAGUCUAUACGUUAGUGUGCGGCGUGUGUCAGAAGCAGCAAAUAGAAGGUUUGUGACACUGAUGAAAAAAAAAUCUGUAAACUUUUAGUAUUCUAUGUACUGUAAAGCAAAUUACGAAACGGUCAGAUAAAUGGGGACAAAAUCAAAGCUAGACGGAAACGAUAGGGCAACCCCCGAGAAAGGAUAGGUUUUUUUAAAGUAUUUAUUUUUAAACGAAUGAAAUUCUGAUACUUCCUAGCCCCCCACUAUAUAGCAAACAAAAAUCAAGUAGAAACAAUUUUACUGGUGGACAGGUGCUCAUCGAGAGGGGCCUCCAAAGUGGAGCAAUUGAACCAUUGUUUUGAGAGUGUAAUUUUCGAAGCUGGAGAAGAGCAUCCUUACAUUCAGAAGCGAAGCGCUUAAUUAUUUGCAAAUUGUCUUCUUUUUAAAUUUUUUGCUAAACGCAGGCAAAUUUUUGAUUUGGUCAGGAAAAGAGUUUGGUUUUGUAUUUAAAUUUCUACAGCAAUCGUGUAAUACUUUUUCUCUAAGGGCAUCAGCCAAGGCUAUGAUUUGCGUUCUUUUUUAAAUAAUUGCGCGCAAAUAAUUCGAAAAGGAUUCGUUUUUGCAUAUCAGUAAAAGUGGUAGACUCAUCAUUACUUUUAAAAUAAAUUAAACUUAUUAAGGUGAAGUGACUCUACCGAAAA